AUGUCCAGUGAGACACCGUCGAGCGCCGGAGGCGUAGCGUCCUCCCAGUCGCUGCUGCCGACCUCGUACGCGAAGCCGUUUGUUAUGCGCAAUGGCCGAACGUAUCUGUCGAACCCUUCUCUCUCCUACCCCCUUCCCGUCGACCUCGCCGAGCUGCACCGCCAGUCCUUGCGGACUCUUGUUCUUUUUCAGCUAUUCGGUGGCCCUGUGUGCUCGCCUGCCUUGGCCAACAAGCCCCCGACUCGCGUGCUGGAGGUUGGCUGCGGCUCUGGCUUUUGGAGCACUAUGUGCAACGAGUACUACUCGCGCCAAGGCCACCGUGGCAUCUCGUUUUCAGGCAUGGACAUUGCUCCCGUCGGCCUCGGCGCCAGCAGCGCUGCUGGCAAGAGCCGCUCAAGUUACAUGUCGUCCUCGUCACGCGGUACUUCCGGCUCUGCCGACGGAAAGCCCGCCCCAAGCAAGAGCGAGGAUCACAUGAAUUGGCGAUUUGUUCAGCACGACAUGCGACGCAUGCCAUGGCCCUUCCCCAACGAAGAGUUCGACUUCAUCAUGGUCAAGGACUUGUCUCUAGCCAUGCGCAUAGACAUGUACCAGCUUGUGAUCGACGAAUGCAUUCGCCUGCUGCAGCCUGGCGGCACUCUCGAGUUGUGGGAUUCGGAUCAUACCAUCCGCAUGCUCCGCCCCCAUGUGCCCGAGACGUCGCCUACGCCCUCUGGCGAAGAGGACAGCCACGAUGCUGCUAUUAGUGCCGGUGCCUAUAUCAUGACCCCGCAUACGCCCCUCUCCGCCCCGCUGAACAACUAUCUUCUCCGUCUUGCCGUGCCAUUGUCCGAGCUGAAAUGGGAGCGGGAGGGUGUCGGCGGUGUUGUCACAAAGGAUGGCAAGAUUUAUGUCGAGACGAAGGGAAAGGCCCGGGACGCACAUCCAAACCGAAAGACAAUCACGGCAGCACAGAGCGCGCUGCGACGCACUGCCCUCCUCACGGUCGUGCAGAUGAUCCAGAGCCUCGAACCCAUACUGCGGGAGGUGAGCGGAAAGAGCCAGGAUGAAUGGGACGGUUGGUCUGGCAAGAUGGUGAAUGAAUUGAUGAAAGAGAACGGCACUGCUUGGGGAGAGUGUCUUGAGAUCGGCGCUUGGUGGGCACAGAAGAGGUAG